CCCCAGAUAUGUCAAAAACAGGAAGGAGUUCCUGCCGAGCUUUCACCCGCGUUGGAUCUUACCCUCUCCGGUCACCAUAGUUUCACCUCCAGCAAAUCUCUCGCUCUUCGUUAACCAGUAUCUCACCUCCCGCGUAUCUCUCUCGACUUGGCUAUCCAUUUUGCCCAGGAUUUGAGGUUUGCUUAGGCUAUUGGAGAUGCUCUAACACGACGAAGAGAAGGCUACUCAGGGAGAAAUGCGACCCAACAUUGUCUCUGAGGCAAGAUUGCCUACGAGGGUGGGGCAGUGGUGGGGAGACAUUCCAUUCCUUACUUCAACAGUGAUCAUUGUUUGUGGUGUUAUUUACUUGGUUUGUCUUUUGGUUGGAUACGACUCCUUUGCUGAAGUAUGCUUCUGGCCGUUGGCAGUGAUUUCACGGUUUCAAGUUUACAGAAUAUUUUCCUCCAUUGUUUUUCAUGGUUCUCUGCUACAUGUUCUCUUCAAUAUGAUGGCUUUGGUUCCUUUGGGCUCGGAGCUGGAGAGAGUUAUGGGGUCCGUCCGCUUGUUGUACAUGAUAAUCCUAUUGGCUGCUAGCAAUGCCGUAUUUCAUCUUCUUAUUGCGUUAUUGGCAGCCCAUAACCCCUUGCACUCUUAUCAGUAUCUCAUGGAUGAGUGUGCAAUAGGCUUCUCUGGAAUCUUAUUUUCUAUGAUCGUUAUAGAGACAAGUUUAAGUGGAGUUCAGUAUAGAAGUGUAUUUGGACUGUUUAAUGUGCCUGCUAAAUGGUAUGCAUGGAUCUUAUUGGUAGUUUUCCAGCUUCUCUUGACAAAUGCCUCUUUACUCGGGCACCUUUGCGGAAUUUUGUCUGGAUUUGCAUAUUCUUAUGGUCUAUUCAAUUUCCUACUACCCGGAACAUCCCUCUAUUCAGCUAUUGAAUCCUCCUCAUUACUUUCAGCGUGCAUUAGGCGGCCGAAAUUUAUAUUGUGCACUGGUGGUAGCCCUUCAGGGUACAUCCCCACCUAUUCGAGUCAGAAUACAAUAUUCAGUGGCUCUCUUUUUGGAAAUUUUCGGAGAAACCUUUCUUCAUGGAUGCCACAGAGAGGGACAUCUGUACAGUCAGCAGAAGAUGGUAGCAGGUUUCUUGGGAGAGCGAGGACGCUUGGUUCCGGUCAAAGUCAAACAAAUUCCACUGUAAGUUCUGAUUCAAGCCUGCAGGCUAGACUCUUGAAUGAUGGAAACAGCCCCAACCAUCCAGCAGCAGCUGGUGCGGAACACCAGAUUAUAAAUGGAAGGCACUCAGAAGUAGAUGGUGCAACAGCGGCUGCUGGGGGCCAUGCACAUCAUCAGGGCUUAGUUGUCUCCGAAGAAGAGAUCCAAAAACUUGUAGCAAUGGGAUUCGAAAGGACACAGGUAGAAGUGGCAGUGGCUGCUGCUGAUGGGGAUUUUAAUGUGGCGGUGGAAAUUCUUAUGGCGCAACUGGUGUGUAUUUGACACUAAUUUGUCAUCUGGGUUAAAUACGAAGACUGCUCUACCAUUCGUGUAGAUCACCGUACUUAAUGGUUCAUCUGUCUCCUAUUGUGCCUAUGUGGCUAAAUUCUUUCGCGUGUGGGUCUAGUACUAUUAUAUACUUUGGCAACCAGUUUAACGCAUUUGAUGUUUUUUGAUUUUGUCUUUUAUUAACUUGUGAGGCACGAAUUUCCUUAAUAGGAAAAGCAGAUGGUUCUACAAUAGGCAAGAAAAGAAAAGAAACCAGAUGCUUUGUUUA